CGAAGGGAGCAAAAUGGCGGACGAAGAUGUUACGCUUGAUGGAAAACCUUUACAAUCGCUCCGUGUAGCGGACCUGAAAGCCGCCCUGGAGCAGAGGAACCUCCCGAAAAGCGGGCCGAAAAAUACACUCAUAAAGCGACUGAAAGGGGCCCUGAUGCUUGAGAACCUGCAGAAGUCAUCCUCCUCUCAUAUCGGGCUGCAGCCCAACUCUCAGAUAGGAGAAGAGAUGAGCCAAAACAGCUUCAUAAAGCAAUACCUGGCCAAGCAGCAAGAGCUCCUGCGUCAGAGACUGGAGAGAGAGGCCCAGCAAGCAGCAGAGGCUGAUGAAAGCCCAGCAGCGCCGGAAGACGAUGAAGAUCACUCAGAGGACAAUGACAGCUCUUCCUACAUCACUGACAAGCACUGUGUGAUGCCCUCACAGCCCCUGCUGAACAGGGCAGCGGAGGAGGGAGGAGGAGGUCCAGUGAUGGGGCCAGGAAUGAUGGCAUGCAGAAGCGACAUGGGCGCAGGCUCCACCCACCACCUGGAGGCUCCAGGAGUUUGGAUGCAGAGAUCCACCAUUCAGUCAGGACACGAGGAACCACCAACCCCCUCUCCUCCCCGCGCUGUAGCAUCCUUGUCAGUGCGUGUCCUGGGCCAGCCGGAUCGGCAGGGGCUGCCCCCUGCUGUGCCCCGGGCCCAGGAGAAAGAGGGCACUGCGCCUGUCGAGCCAGGUUCCGCCCAUCCUGUCCUCCACCUCAGCCGGUCUGCCGGAGAUUCAGCAGGAGCUCACAUCCAUGACGACAGCGAUGAAGACGACGAUGACGAGAGUGAGGAGGAUGAGGACUGGGGGCCCAGUCCCAGCAGGGCACGACGGGUCAGCAGAGCCCCCGCCCAGCCGCUGCAGCCAUCCCCCAGCAUCCCAUCGGCAGCGGCAAGAUCCAGACGCAAGCUUCAGCCCCCACAGCACAUCCCACCAUUGCAGGUACACCAGCCCCCCAUGCAAUUACGUCACCCCACCCCACCCCCCUCACCACCCCCUGAACUCUCCUUCCCUCUCCCCGACACUCCCAAGCAGAGCCCGCCGGACACCGAUGAGCCAGAGGGAGAAAUGCCAUUGGCGGCAUCUUACCCUCCUCCUGCCAUGCAGAGGCAGGACUCCGAUUCAAGCUCCCGUUCCAGCAGUCCUGAGCCUCCACAGCAGCGCAGGCCAGGGCCUCUCUCCCUACUUGCCCGUAAAAUGGAGUCUGAGGGGGCACUCCCUGCAGCAAAGAGCACCCUAGUCAUGGGAAUGUCAGGAGAGGUGGCAUGCUCCUCCAGCCUGCAUGCCAUCUCUAUUGGAGCUGCUGGCUCCAGCAAAUCCCCACUGCAGAGAAUGGAGAGAGAGAGGCAACAAGAGAGAAGGGAGGAGGAGGAAGAGAGGCGACUGAAGGAGAAGAAGGAGAAGGAGCAGCGGCAGGAGGAGGAGCGAGAGCAAAGGAGGAAACAAGAGGAGGAGAGGGAGAGGAAGCGUCUGGAAGAAGAGAAGGAAAGGGAGAGGAAGCAGCUGGAAGAGAAGAAAAGACGCCUGGAAGAAGAGAGGGAGAAAGAGAGAAAACGCCAGGAGGAGGAGAAGAGAAGAGAGGAGAAACGUCUGGAAGAGGAGCGGGAGAGGAGGCGGGAGGCCGAGGAGAAAGGGAGGGAGGGCCGACUGCCGCCGUGGAAGAGAGGGCAAGAGCAGAUGUCUCAGAGCAAAGCUGGGUCCCAAGAGUCAGCCAUGGAACAGGGUGCAGCUGUCUCCUCGCAGCACUCCAAGAGGUCUGUCCUAGUCAGGGAUGCCUCGCCCCAGAAGCUUUUGUCCUCUCCUCCCAUCAAAACAGCUCCCGCCUCCGUGUCUCCCACAGCCAAGAGGCCCCGCAUGUUUUCUGACACUCCAGCAGGGCCCACUGCCUCAGAGUUUGGCUCGGUGGUUGUUUCCAAGGCCCAGGACUCAGGCUCGUCAUCAGAUUCUGACUCCAAAUCUGACUCAUCUUCACGCUCCUCACAGUCCUCAUCCUCCUCCUGGGAUAAGCCCCGUCCCGCCAGGGAGCCACAGAAGGCCAACAAAGGACAGGGGGCAGAGAAAAACAGUUCCGUGGAUAAAGGAGCAGAGAGACGAUACCCCACUAAGAGGGAGGUGUCUGAGCCCAGCGCGGCUGCAGUGACCGAGGUGGACCCAGACUCGGAAAACUCCAUGUCCCAGCAGCCGGCCUCGGAGGCUGAACCAGACAACAACAGUGAGAGCCGCCUGGAGGAGAGCACAACUCCUAAGGCUUUUGCUGCUCGCAAGAUCUCCCUGACCAGCAGCAAGACGUCUCCAGCCAGCACAGAAGGAGGCACAGCAGGAGCAGGGGAGUCCGAGACGGGGACUGCAGCGGGAAGGAAGAGGCGGUGGGGCUCCAGCACGUCUGUCACUGCCAAGAAACCAUCCAUCAGCAUCACCACUGACUCACUGAAGUCUUUGAUCCCAGAUAUCAAGGUGAGCCAGGAGGCUGUGGUAGAACUGCACCCGGAGGAGCUGCAACUCUCUGGGGAUGAGGAGGGCCUGGACACCAGCCGAGACGAUCAGGACAAAGGACUCAAGAUCAGACGCACUGUCACACAGGUUGUCCCAGGUGACAGCCAGGAAAAUGGACAGGGGAAUGAGGAGGAAGAUGACGUUGAGAAAAUGGAGAAGGAAAAACAACGAAGGACUUCAAAAGACAAAAGGAAGAACAGCCACUCUGAGGAAACUUUGGAAACACAGACCUCUGUCAAGCAUGACGCAGAGGCAAAGAAAGUGACCCCUAGUGACAGUCUGGUGCGUCGCUCCAUCAGCCAGCAGAAAUCUGGAGUGUCCAUCACUAUUGACGACCCCGUCCGCACAACCAGGCAGCCCUCGCCGCCUCGUGGCAAAGUCUCCAAUAUCAUCCAUGUCACCAACCUGGUACGGCCCUUCACUCUGGGCCAGCUCAAAGAGCUGCUGAACCGGACGGGAAGCGUGGUGGAGGAGGGCUUCUGGAUCGACAAGAUCAAGUCUCACUGCUACGUCACGUAUUUGACUACAGAAGAGGCCGUCGCCACCAGAGCUGCUCUCCAUGGGGUGAAAUGGCCCCAAAGCAACCCCAAGGUCCUCAGUGUGGACUUCUGUGAACAGGACGAGCUGGAUUUCCACAAAGGCCUUCUGAAACCCGACAGAGGAGAGGAGGACCCUGGGGUCCAGCCAGGGGUCCCCCAGACCCGGCUUCCCCCACUGAUGCCAGAACGGGACAGGGACAGAGAACGGGAUAGGGAAAGGGAACGGGAGCGAGACCGAGGCAUGGGAGGUGUACGGGACCAGUGGGCGGAGCGGGAGAGAGAGAUGGAGAGGCGGGAACGGGCCCGGGGUGAACGGGAGUGGGACCGGGAUAAGAUCCGGGAAUUCGGGAGACCGGGGGAGGAGAGCAGGCGCUCUCGAUCCAGGGACCGAGAGAGGAGGAGGAGGGAGAGGGGCAAGAGCAAGGAGAGGAGGUCAGAUAAGAAGGAGAAAGAUGAGCCUCCUGCCAAACUACUAGACGACUUGUUCCUCAAGACCAAAGCAGCUCCAUGUAUAUACUGGCUUCCCCUCACUGAGGAGCAGGCGGCGCAGAGGGUUUUGGACCGCGCCGAGCGUCAAAAGGAGCGCGAGCGGAAACGCAAAGAGCAGCAGGAGGAGGAGGACAAGAAGCGGGAGGAGGAGAAGAAAGAGAGGCUGAAGGGCCGGGAGAAAGAGGGAGGAGUGACGGCGAGCAGCGGAGGAGCCGGCCGAGGAGACGGAGGAGACAGAGAGAGGGACCGGGGCCGAGACCGAGACCGGGACGGGGAGAAGAAGAGGGACGGCUACCGGCCCAGACGACCCUCGGGGGGCGUGGGCAGCGGACGGCGGUCCCGUAGCCGUAGCAACCCCAGGGACAGACGCCGCUGAGGACUGAGUAGCUGCAGGGAAAGACGAAGAGAGAGCGGAGAGAUGCAAACAUAGUGAAGCACACAGCAGACAGAAAGUCUUGGGAGGGAUUUUUUUUGUUUGUUUGUUUGUUGCAUUUCUCUUGUCCUGAGUUCAAGGCUUCUCUCUGCCCCUCUGUGCUUUAAUUUGUCCCGUUUGACCCCACCAUUUGUGUCCUCCACAUCCUGUAAUGCCCUUUAGUCCCCCUCCCCCACUGACAUACAUGUACAUGGAAAAUGUUAAUCACAUGUUGGCUGGUAGGAGAGUUUUUAGUGAAAUGACAGUUCAACUAGCUAGCUCAACCCCCCUGUUCUGUUGUCUCUUUUUGUCUCUGUCGUCUUCCAGAGGCAGCGUACUGCUCUCUUCUUCAUUCCUGUUUGUUCGAACAUGAAAGAAGUUGAAAUCAGAGUCGGGCAGAGAGCGGCGUCUCUCCUCGUCCCCCGUGUAGUGCUGCUGAUUCUCCCUGAUUUAAGAAGAGAGGCAGAGAGGGCGGUGGUUAGUUGGCUCGCUUCGGCAUUUUGGCUUGCUGAGGUUUUGGGAGCCCGCCUCUUUAUUUUUGUUCUGCGGGUGCACAGUUCCUUCCUCCUCAAAGCCCUGUAAUAAAACCAAUCCAAAAUAGAUCCCUGACCCUCAAAUAUUUUCUAGAAUCAAUUUUAGCGUUCCACUCCAGUAAGUAAGAAUUUUUCUUUUUCUACUAAAUCUACAGGCCCUCUCUGCGGGGUUAACAUGAAGGAAGUUCCUUUGUUCUGUGUUUUUUUUUUUUUUUUUUUUUUCUGUUUUAUGGAUCAUGUUUAUUUUUCAGCCUUGGAGGGUCCUUGUAUGUUCAAGCAGGUAAAGUGUGUGUGUGUCUGUGUGUGUGUGUAUCUGUGACUGUGCAAGCGAAUGAGAAAACCUCCCUCUGACAACACGGAGACAACCGGUACCGAGUCCAAACACUGUCAGAAUGCUUUAAACUAGAAAAGUGUCUGUCUUUUUAUGAGGAAGGAGACCUGAUAUUAUGUGUUGUGGUGGCACAGGGAGCCGUGCACAUGCUGGAGUUUGUCUUCAGUGGAUUGUGUUGUGAGGGUGUUGAUCAAAAAAAAUCUGUAAUAUGAAGACUCUGUUCUGUAAUAAUUAACGGGAAGCUGACCUUCCCUGCACUGAAUUCUUCAGUAAUAAGGGCCUGCCCUGACCCUUUAAUAAUCAUAUAUAUAUAAAGGGAGGUAAAUUUAAGUGAGUUUAUCCUCUAGAGUAAUGGUUACAGUUUUAAUAUUUUAAUUUGAUGUUUUUAGUUGGAGAUAAUUUGAUUUUGUUUUGUUUUUUCCUCCUGCAAGUGCUGAAUGUACCAAGAGUUAAAAUAAAUUUAAAUUGGUUUAUCA